CUUUCAAAUUAUCUGUGUGCCAGAUACACUUUGAAGAUCUGUUUUCAAAGGGUUGAUUCGCUAUGGGGUCGGUCAUAACAAUUCCAUUCACGUUUGCUUUGGGAUUAAUUUCAGUGACCCCGUCAGAUUUCUUCUAUUGGUGCAAAUGGAUCCUCUCCUACAUUUAUAUUGAAGUCAACAAAAGAUUUACAACCAGGAGAUUUGAUCUUUAUGAUAAAGAUGCACUGGACGAUGCAGCGAAGCUGGGAUUUAUUGUGCCAGCAGAGGAAUACGUUUAUGAAGCUCCUUACGAUGAAGCUCAUCUACGAAAAGCAGAAGACGAAAUAAUUUGCUAUGGAGUGAACUCUAAACCGGAGCGUCUUCUGGUCAAUAUUUCAAGGCGCAGCGAUCAGAAAGCAGAUGCUUGCGUUUACCUGAAAUUAGAAUCUGGCAAAACGUACCGUUUGCAAAAGACUGGACAUUUUCAACAGUCUUCAACUGAUAAGACUGUCUUUUCCUGUGGAGAUCUCCAAAUAUCCUAUACGUGUCCCAUGAGGCGAUGGCGAAUAUUUUACAGCGGGUAUUUGAGGGAGACGACCGAAAAUGAUGAAAAGGGACGUAUGGUAUACGUAAAAUUUGCAUUAAGGUGGCGGGCUUCUUCGGAUGUCUUUGACGCCACAUCGGAUUUAAACUCAUACGCACUUGCUGAUGCUGUUGCUAAAGCCAACUGGAAAUCAGCGUAUCCUCCGCUAGACAAGCUCAAAAAUGCAUUGAAUUUUUACAUACAGUCAGGUGUUAUACACGGAACUGUAGAAGUGGAAGGAGAACCAGAACAUGAGAUCUAUUUAUUUGGCCAGAGACUCAGAAAUUUAGGUGAUGUUUCAAGCAUAAAAGAGGCUGAAAUUGAACAUAUGAUGGGCUACGUCUAUCAGCAUGGAGCUUUCGUUUAUAUGGGCAAAGCUACGAUAAAAAACGUUGUAAAAGAUUUAUGCUUUGGAUUCGCCAUUCAAGCGGAUACAGCUCUUAAAAUACUGGAAAAGAUAACUAUAACAAUUAUAGAUUCAAAAGAUUUGAAAUUUAUGCUUUCUACAUUUUGGAAGGGUCGGAAUUAUAAGCUCAGCGGAUCACUGACUAGUCCUUUGUUGCAAUAUAGUAAUAAAGGAGGAGAAAUAGGAACUUCAGUUAGGAAAUACGGUUUUUAUGUAAAUGGCAAGAGAGGAAGUGGUUUCUACUUAGGAAGGAAACUUUCAGAUUCUCUGAAGCACAAAACUCCAAAAAUUAUAGCACCCGAAGCUCCAAUACCAGUGUCGCCAUUAGCGGUCCCCUUUACGAAUGAAAUAUGUCAACUGUCAGAUGUGACGGGAGGGAAAGGAUCCUCACUAGGAAAACUGACAAAGUUAAGCAAGAAUCUCCGGACAUUUAUCGUGCCUAGUGGAAUAGUUGUCACUACUUCAGCUUACAAAAAUUUCGUCACCAAAGGAAUUCUUGCAAAGAUAAAACUUUUGGAAGACGUUGUGUACAGUGGAAAUUCAGCAGAAGAUGUCAAAGAAGUAUGUCAAAAUGUCUGCGAAGAAGUUGAAAGAACAGUAUUUCCCAAAGGAAUACGAGAAGCCAUAGAAAUAUCGCUGAGAAAAACCUUUGGAGGACAAUAUCAGUCUAAAAAAUUUGCCGUUCGAUCUUCAGCCACUGGUGAAGAUACUGAACAGAUGUCUGCCGCUGGUCAGAUGGACACAUUAUUAGGCAUCUCAGGAAUGAAUGAAAUUUUGCAAGCCGUAAAGAAGUGCUGGGCUUCCCAAUUUGGAUUCGUUGCAAUACAGUAUAAAAGGCGUUAUGGUCAGUGUUUGAAUUCCCCCAUGGCUGUGGUCAUUCAGGAGAUGGUGCCUUGUGAUGUUGCUGGUGUGCUAUUUACCUGCGAUCCUGUGACAGGAAAUCCAACAGUCAUGACUAUAACUGCCAACUAUGGUUUAGGAGAGAGUGUCGUGUCAGGAUCAGAAGAGCCAGAUACAAUUGAACUACAAAGGGAUCCCGAAGAUCAACUUACUCUAAAGAGUACAACAAUCGGAGCGAAAAGCAGGAAGAUCAUUGCGAAAGAUGUAGAAGGUAUUACAUUGGAAGAAGUUCCGGAAAAUGAGAAAGGAAAUUGUUGUUUAUCAGUAGAAAUGAUAAUGCGACUGGGCCAGCUUGGGAUUGAAGUUGAAAACUAUUAUCGCUCCCACAGGGACAUUGAAUGGGGCUUCUGGAACAACAACCUUUACCUCUUUCAGUCCCGUCCAGUUACUAGUGGCACAAAUGAAACAAUAUUCGAAAUAGAGCAUGAACUGGAUGGUCCUCUUAGACUAGAAAAUGAUUAUUUAACAGUCUCACACAUAGCGGAGGUAAUGCCAGGAGCAACUACGCCUUUAGGAAUGGAGACCUUUUUCAAGAUAUUUGAUAUUGGAUUUCUGGAAGAACAAACAGAGUGGCUGUUUCCUUCUGGGUGCCCGUAUUUCCGUUGCUCUUGGGAGACUUUCUAUAAUCACUUCAUGUUUAGAAUGACAGAUGUUUUCCGUGGGCAACAUUCGGAUAACAUCGAUUACUUCUCUCAAGCAACUAUGAUAGCAUUUUUCGGCAGAAUACUCAGCGAUGAAGAAUUAUUUCAAGUGUGCAGAGACCGGUUCAGAGACUUCAAAAAAGAAGCUUCUCUGACUGAAAUGGCGAAACUCGUGUUGAAUGCUGGUAAAAGAAUUCGGAAGAUGGAGAAAACUUAUGCUAACUACCGAAUUCCAUACGAGAAACAUAAAACAUCGAAAGAACUCUAUGAUUACCUCAUGCGCUCUUGCUCCCAGCUGUGCGAUGUUUUCGUCGGGCACGUGAAGGUUUCUCAAGCAUCGACGUUGUGGAAUAUGUUCAUUUUUACGGUCCUCGGGAAAGCAAAAAAAGGAUUUGACGAUGAUGUUUACAGAGAUUUUUCUUCUCUCAUGACCACCAGCAGCGAUGUGAUAAGUGCUGAUGUACCCGCAGCUAUUCAGAGCCUUGCUUACUACCUCUCCGAGGCUAUCAGUGCAGAAGAAUUCAAGAAAAUGAGCGUUGAAGAGGCGUUAAAUUGGCUACAAAGAACGCCAGCAACAGUUGGUAAAAAAUUUAAGCAGUUUACGGAGACACAUGGACAUAGAUGCUUGCGAGAAUUCGAUGUAUAUUCAUUACCAUGGGGGACUGAUCCAAAGCCAUUAAUUAAAUUGCUACAGAAUCUGGCUGGAAGUGUAUCUCAGGACGCCGCGAAGAAUUUGGAUAAUUCUAACGAAAGAUUGUCUAAACUGUCUGUGUCUCUUGGAUUGUUUUCCAGAUUAAUUUUAAAGUUUUUGUUGCCAUACAGUCGGCAAGGUGUGCAAAGACGGGAAAAGACUAAGUCAAUGAUGAUAAAAGGACUCGACGAAUGGAGGAAAGGGCUUAGAUACCUUGCAAGACUUAUGGUUUCCGAAGGACGCAUUCCGGAAGAAGAUCUUUUAUUUUUCAUGACUUAUGAAGAAAUUCAAGAAUUACUGAACACGAGAUCACCGAAAAUAAUAGCCAGGGCAGUUCAAAGACAAAGACGUUACCCAAUCAUGGACAAGUACAUAUUUCCUGAAAUUAUAAAAGGUGUACCAAAGCCAAUUAAUUUAAUUGACACUCCCAUUGUUGCUACUGAUGAAAGUAUUAUGAUGAAAGGUAUUCCCAUUUGUCAAGGCAUAGCGGAAGGUUUCGUUCGUGUUGCUCUUAUAUUAGAAGAAGCAGCGCAGUUAAAGCCGAAAGAAAUUAUGUUGACAUACAGUACGGAUAUAGGCUGGACGCCUUACUUCCCAACGCUGGCUGGAGUUGUUACGGAAUUGGGAGGACUCAUUUCUCACGGUGCCGUCGUCAGUAGAGAAUAUGGCAUACCUUGCAUAGCAGGAAUGCACGGGGCAACGAGAAAAUUUCAGACAGGAGAUUAUGUGAGACUAGAUGGUAAUACCGGUGUAUUGCAGAAAAUACCACCUCCAAAAGAUAUAGUAUUCUAGUGAACAGAAGUAUUACUUCCCAUAAGAAGACAAGGAUUCUAGCAGGAGUUCAUUUAAUUAUAUAUGUAAUCAACUUAUAACAGAAAACUAUAGAUGUUUAAAAUGUGUAGUGUUCACUUUACAGUACAAAAAGGAGUUGAAAAUAAGGGCUUUUGAGGAAAGGAAUAUUGCAAGAAAUCGUUUCACGAAACGUGCGAAAACACAAAUUUAAAACAAAUACGUCCUUAUUCCACAUUUGUGAAAAAUGAAAAUUUAUCACUUGUGUAAUUAUUUAUAUAUGUAAUUAUGCAUUAUUUGUGAAAAAAAUACUAGUAUGAUUAUUGAUCUUUUUUCUUCAGUUUUAGGAAGUUCAAAAAAUAUUAUUUAUGAAAUAAAAUAUCAUAUUUAUUUACUUUAUUAAAAAAACGCCAUGUAUAUUAAUUUUGGAGAAUAUCAAUACACCAUCCUUUAUCUUUCCAAAAUUUAUUCCAUUCGUUAAUGCAACAAAGGUUCAAAAAAUAACAUCUUUUAAAUUAUGUAAAUUGAUUCAUUAUGUCACCUUCCAUUUUAACAUACAAAAAGUGAAGCAUAUUAUAAGAGUACAAUUACUUGUAAGCUAUUUCUACAGCCUUCUUAGCAUGCUUUCGUGGUGUAAAGCCUUCGUGGUCAGCACACUCGGCGCGUAUUCGAGAGGUCCGAGUUUCGAGUCCCGGGGUGGGCAUUGCACAUUUUUCAUAUAUCCUGUUUCAAAAUAACCUAAUGUCUGUACAGUAGCGCCUGAAUUAAAAAUGAGGUGGACGAAGAUUCUCCACCACCAGGCAAUUGGGCCCCCUAAUCCUCAGUCGCCCUUUACACGGGGUAAGUAUAUAAGGUAUUUCUCCCGCUUUCUUAGCAUACCUUAGUGGUGUAAUGUCAGCACGCUUAGCACGUGUUCGAGAGGUCCGUGGUUCGAGUCCCGGUGAGGGCAUUGCGCACUUUUUAUCUCUCCUGCUUUCAAAAAAUACCUAAUGUCUCUAUAACCUAAUAGAAGUACAAAUUUAAAGUAUGAAUAAGAACAAAAAAAUUGAGAAAUAUCUAAUGUUUUCAAAAUAAUUUACCUGUUGUGUAAUUUGAAAUGAAAGAGGCAAUACGUCACUCUGAGAUCGUAUGAAAGGGAAUCCAGAUUAAGUCGCACGAAUUGUAAUAUUGGUCUACGCGGAAAUAUUUGUUUAUAGAUUCUUCGGAAAGUUCAAAAUUUUAAGAUUUUUAAAUGCAUAUAAACAGUUAAUAUCCCAAACAAGUAUUCAAAUAAGCAAAAAAUAGACAUUCAAGCAAGCGAAAAUAAAUAUUUAAAUAAGCAUAAUUUCUUUGCAGUAGACAAAAUGUGCAUCAGGGGAGUUCACAAUAAAUUUCAUUAAAUAUAGUAUGCCACAGCAUCUCAUCGUUAAAACGAAACUCCUAUAUUCCGAAUAGAAAUACAGCGAUGAGAUUUAUAGUGUUACAGAGUUAAGUUCUAUCACAUUCAAAUAAUUAAAAAAUUGCAAGCUCUUAAUUUACAAUAUUCAGAACUGUUUAUUAAAAUAAUUCUGUGUUUAGCAAACUUUUAAUUCUUACUUUUGAUGAAAAACGCAAAAUGCACAUAAAAUAAAUAAACUAAAUAAUAAAUAUAAACUAAAUAACCUUAAAAUAAAUCUGUACGUCAACAAUACAUAAUUCAUCUCCUCAAAGAUAAAACUAUGCAAAAUAAUUGGAAUUAAUUGUAUUUUAAAAUCUCAAAAUGAUACCAUGUAGCGUAGUAUUCAGUAAUAGUUGAAUAAGUAAACAGGAACCAAUUUACUGAAUAAAAUAAUUCAUAAUUUAUAAAUCCAAACAUAUAAUUGCGCAUAAUUUUUAUGAAAUAAUUAAUAGUGAUACCAGUAUAAUUAAUGUCUCAUUAGCCAGCGAUCGGAAAUAGUGGUAAAAACUGGUAGUUCGACUCGGGUUUGAGUCCCGUCGAUAGGGGCUAGGUGCGUGGGAUUUUUCAUAAUUUUCUCCAUGUGUUAGGCUCGUACUAAUUACCGGUUUUCUUCUUAAAAAAUUCUCUACAGUGGCAUUCCUCCUUUCAGGCAAGUAGUUCUGCAUGCUUUGCCGGAAUUCAAAUAAAUUUUGAUACUAAGUCAUUAAAAGAAACGACAGCUCUAAAGAUAUUCAUAAAAUCUAGAGUAAAAUUUAUGUAAACUGGCUAUUGUUUCAGUAUAUGAUAUUAAUAAGAAUUAUUAUUGAAUCCCAAGUACAUACCAUUCAAUGAUUCGCCUUUAAAAUGUAGCUCAUUAUUUAAUAUAUUUCAAAAUGUUUUGUUCUUAGAAACAGCUAAACACUUUAAAGCAAAUUCAGUUAAAUAAAUUCAAACCUUUUAUUUUUACGGGUAGUCAAAAAACAUGCUGUCAUAUGAUCGCUGACACAUCCAAUACAAUGAACAUAAGAUAGCAAUUAUGAUACUUGGCAUUUUUAGCAGUUUGCAUAUUACUGCAAAUUGUGCAUUUAUUUAAAUACUAUGUAUUCAAAUUUUGUCAGUUUUAUUAACUAAUUUGCUGAAGCAAUACUUCUAUCUGCUAAUAGCUGUGGUAUUCAUGUACAAAUAAUACAUGAAAUACGUACAGAAUUUCUUAUAAAUGAUAGUUAGUUCUGGUAUACUUACUUUUAUUUUGGUCCUCUGUCUUUAACCAAAGGAUUAAAUAAAAAGUCCAUAUUAUUGUACUAUU